AUGGAGAGAUCAAAACCGGCCGGACAACCCAGCACCUAUGGCCAAGCUUGCAUACACUGCUACAAGGCAAAGAGCAGAUGUGUGCGUACCCCAAAUGGCGACAGAUGUUUCCGUCUUAAGAAAAGGUGCCAGCCAUCAGAGUCGGUUCGCAAGCGUAAUGCUCAGAUGGCUGAAGAAUCCGAUACGCGCAUCGCUCGGCUGGAAGACAAGAUGGAGACCUUAUUAUCUGCAAUGCAGUCGCUCGUUUCCCAGGGGGCUUCGGGUACUUCCGUCAAUGCCCUUCAGUCACUUCAGCCAGUUCACUCCCUUGACGGAAACAGCAUUUCAUCAUCCACGUCUUACUCGAAUGGCACCCUAGUAAACACUAGCGCUGGGCUGACGGACUCGAUCGCCACAGCAUCACCACAUACAAAUCUGUUAUUUUCGUCUCAUCAUUAUUCUCUACCUUCCUCUAUGCCAUUGCCAAAUCAAGCAGACGAACGCCUAGAUUUCUUCCGCUCCCGAAUGCUGCCAUAUUUCCCCUUCAUCAAUCUUACCCCCGACAUGACAAGCUCGUAUCUGCGCCAAAACAGACCUUUCUUGUUUCAAGCUAUCUAUACUGUUACUAUAUUCUCAACACAGGAAAAACUGAUUCAAGUUGAGGAACUAAAGCGUGUCCUUUUCACCUCUGCUCUGCUCGAAGUCCAGUCAAAUAUCGACUUGCUGCUUGGAUUACUAACUUACCUAGCAUGGAGUACCGACGCUUUUCUUGGCAAAGCAGACCUCGUAUCUCGCCUCAUGAUGCUCGCCAUUUCAUUAGUAUAUGACCUGCGGUUGUUCAAGCCGUCCUCACCAGACGUUCAAGUCAUGAUGUCUAUUACCCAGGGACGGGAUGAUGACAUUACUCAGAGCUCUAACGAUCAAAUGCCUGACGGGUUAUUGGAAAAGCAGAGGGCAUUGCUAGCUUGUUUCGUUUUGAGCUCUAAGUGCGUGUGGUCCUCAUGA